AUGGAUGAGAAGAAUGAAACCUCUCAGCAAAUGAGGAAGUUGACUGAGGAGUCAAACGUAGCAGUAAACAAAUUGAAUGAUAUUCCAGAAGCACUGCAAGAGAUCAAAAACCACCUUGGGGAUAGAGCAGCAGAAAAUGUAACGGAGAGAAUAAAAAUGAAAGCGAAAAAGAAGGAAAAACAAGGGAAAGAUGUAGACAGAGCAGGCCAUGAAGAGAAAUCAGAAAACAAUGAAGAACUAGCUGCAAAAGAAGAAGAAACAGCAUUGGAGACUGGCAAUCAGUUAAUCCCAAAACCUCUGGCUCAUAUUCCUCUGCAAAGACUAAUGGAGAUAGAAAUGGAGUUGGUCUACACUGAUGAGGAGGACAUUUUCUUUGAGUUUGCAGACCCUAUGGUGUCUACAAGCACACAAUCAGCGUGCCAUGAUUCUCAACAAGCAGAUGCUCUGAGCACACCUCAAGGCAGUUCUGUGCCCCCAAUUGGCAAACGGCUUCAGAAGACCCUCCAGGAAGGCAGCGCUUGCUACAGGCAGAACGACUACAUGGCAGCAGCCGAGAAGUUCUCAACAGCGCUGCAGCUUUGCAGUAAAGGUGCUGUUAUAGACGACCUCUUUGAGUCAUCUCCAGAAGAUAUUUCCGGUAUCACCAGUUUUAUUGAUUCAAAGCUUGUAAUCUGCUACUUGAAACUGAGGAAGCCUGAUGAUGCUCUGAAUCAUUCACACAGGAGCAUUAUUCUGAACCCAGCUUAUUUCCGGAAUCACCUGCGCCAAGCUGCUGUGUUUAGGUACCUGGAGAGAUACUCUGAAGCUGCAAGGAGCGCCAUGAUUGCUGACUAUAUCUACUGGCUGACAGGAGGAACUGAGCAGCAUAUAAGCAAGCUCAUCAAACUGUAUUGGCAGGCUAUGAUUGAAGAAGCCAUCACUACAGCAGUAUCUUUUUCAGUUAUGUACACACCAUUUGUGAAAGAAGUCAAGGCUGACAAAAUAAAGGAGAUAAAGGAAAUGUUUGCUGAAAAGCACCCUGAUUAUGCGGAGCACAUAUAUACAGAUCUGCGUGGACCUCACGUCUUGCCACAGACAUCUGAGUGGCCGUUCCUGCAGCCCCAGAAGUACUUAUUGACUCUGGGUUUCAGAAGCAAACGUAUCGGAAAAAUCUUGGAAAGGUGUUUAAGUAAAAAAAUGCCAAUCUUUUCAGACCGGAAAGCACCUUUCUGUCCUGUCACAGAAGAAGAAACUAAAAAUUUCUGGGAUAACACUGGGAAUAAGAUCGUGCCAGUAAUGGAUUUUAUAAGAAGCACCAAAUUAACUGAUGAUAUCUUCGCGUGUUCAAGUGGGGUAGAGAAGUUGCAUUACGCCAGCCUCCUCGGCCGUUUGCAGAAAGUCAAGGAACAGUCCCAAGUGAUUAAUCAAGCCAUGGCUGAGCUAGCAACCAUUCCCUACCUGCAGGACAUCAGUCAGCAGGAUGUCAAUAAGCUGCGGUUGCUAAUGGCAGAUGCCAUGGACACCCUUGAAGGAAGAAGUGAGAGCGGACGUGUGUGGAAUAAAAUUCAGAAGAUUGGACUAAUUGAAGAAUACUUACAUGAAGCUGAAGACAAUUACUUAAAGAACAAAAGGCAGAGAACAGCCAGGAUGAAAAAAAAUAAAAUUAAGAAGACUCAAAGAACACACCGCAAACAUCAGAGCUUUCGAGAUAUAAGACUGUCGCUUAUCAGCGCUGCGGACAUGACCACACAGUGA